AUGUCAACUGAAAGAGCUCAAAAAAAACAUGCAUGUCCCGAAGAUGAUGACUAUAUUGAUAUAGGAAAGCCUAAACAACCUAGUUUAGAUGGUAUUUUAGAGUUGGAGCAUACUAAUACCAUUCGUACUUUGCGUGUGUAUAUGCGAUUACUACUUGGAUUACAACGUGCUCGAUCUGUUGCUUUAACAGAAGAUGAUGAUAUUGUUGUGAUGCAAAAUACAAAAUAUGAGUCACAAGACCCCUCUCUACUUAUAACUUAUAGACGUAUAGCAAUUAAAGACAAAAUUCGUUUACACACACCAACUCAAUUACUGGAUAAAUCUGUUUAUCGUAGUCCUAAAAACAUAAUAGUGUUAAAGACGAUGGUUUAUAAAGUAGAUACAAUGAAUAAUGCUAACAAAAGUUGGAAAUUCGGAAAUGCGAUUUAUGAAUAUGAGAUUGUCACUAAAUAA